CCGCGCCCGGGCCGGGCCGGGCUCGGCCGCCGCCGCGGGCCUCCCAGAGCGCGGUGCGGCGUCCCCUGCGGCCUGGCGUCCCUGCCGGGCUCGGCGGCCUCUGCCCAGGCCUCGGUCCCCUCUGUGGCCCCGGUGACCACCGCCCGGCCUGGUCCCCUGCCCCGCCCGGUGUCCGCGGACCCCGGCGUCCCCUGUCCCGCCUGGCCCUCCGACCCGAGAGGUCCGUGACCGCGGAAGAGGCCGAGCCCUAACGAACGACGCGGCCUCGCCUCGCGCCGGAAGCCGGUGCCGCGCCGUGGGGACCCUCGGGGCGGGACGAAGCUUUGGCUUGGCUUCCAUGCCUCCCUGGGGCCAUGUCCACCGGGCCUGCCCGUGUCCCCACCACUGGCAGUCGCUGUGACCCAUGCUGGCCCUGCUGAGUCGCACUCUGUCCUCCUGGUGGCAGCCUCAGCAUGGCGGAGCCCCUGGCCCCAGGGGGGAGCUCACCCGGCUCCAGCUCCGGCUCCGGCUCUGAGGUGGAGCCCAAAGGGAAGCCACUGCUCGCCUGGGUCCCCCUGCUUGGCCACCGCGGCGAGAAGAUCCUCUUUGCCAAGAGCGACGGCGGCGCUGAGGGCAGCCUGCUCACCGUCACCCUCACCGAGACCACCGUCAUCGAGUCUGACCUGGGUGUGUGGAGCUCACGGGCGCUCACCUACCUCACGCUGUGGUUCUUCUUCAGCUUCUGCACGCUGUUCCUCAACAAGUACAUCCUGUCACUGCUGGAGGGCGAGCCCAGCAUGCUAGGCGCCGUGCAGAUGCUGUCCACUACGCUCAUCGGCUGCGUCAAGACUUUCGUCCCUUGCUGCCUGCACCAGCACAAGCCGCGGCUGUCCUACCCGCCCAACUUCAUCAUGACCAUGCUCUUCGUGGGCCUCAUGAGGUUUGCGACUGUGGUCCUGGGCUUGGUCAGCCUGAAAAACGUGGCAGUGUCGUUUGCAGAGACGGUGAAGAGCUCCGCCCCCAUCUUCACGGUGAUCAUGUCGCGCAUGAUCCUGGGCGAGUACACAGGACUGCUGGUCAACCUGUCCCUCAUCCCGGUCAUGGGAGGGCUGGCGCUGUGCACCGCCACUGAGAUCAGCUUCAACAUCCUGGGCUUUUCGGCCGCACUGUCCACCAACAUCAUGGACUGUUUGCAGAACGUCUUCUCUAAGAAGCUGCUCAGCGGGGACAAGUACCGGUUCUCGGCCCCAGAGCUGCAGUUUUACACAAGUGCGGCCGCGGUGGUGAUGCUCAUCCCUGCCUGGAUCUUCUUCAUGGAUGUACCUGUGAUCGGCAGGAGCGGGAGGAGCUUCCACUACAGCCAGGAUGUGGUGCUGCUGCUACUGACAGAUGGUGCCCUGUUCCACCUGCAGAGUGUCACCGCAUAUGCCCUCAUGGGCAAGAUCUCCCCUGUGACCUUCAGUGUUGCCAGCACUGUGAAGCACGCCUUGUCCGUCUGGCUCAGCAUCAUCGUUUUUGGCAACAAGAUCACCAGCCUGUCUGCUAUUGGCACUGUCCUGGUGACAGUGGGUGUCCUGCUCUACAACAAGGCCCGGCAACACCAGCAGGAGGCCAUGCAGAGCCUGGCCAUGGCCACCAGCUGGGCCCCGGAGGAUGCUGCUGAGCCACUGCUUCCCCAGGACCCCAGGCAGCACCACUGACCCAGCCCCUGCACUCACUGUGGGGCAGACAUGUGGGCGUCUCAUGAGUGGCCACCAACUGUGAGCACUGCAGGAGGGAGCACCCAGCUCACUCUCUGGACUGCGGGCGGCUGGGACUUGAUGCCUGUGGGUGACCACUGGGCUCAGUGCCAACACGGGUUGCUCCCUACUGGGUGCCAGCAAGGAGACCCCCGAUUCGUCAUGCCAGCUACCAGAAGCGUCCACUCCUCCCAGGCCACAGCCGAGCCUGGAGGCCGGCACAGGGUCCACCUGCGGGAGCCAGGGAGCAACGCAGCCUACCUGGGAACUAGGAUCGCUCCUGCCCCACAGGGUCCCCGAGAGCCGCACCACAUGGGACACUGGCGGGGAGGGUGUGACAUCGUUCCAGGAGGGCAGCCCCACGGCUCCCUCCCCGCCUGUGUUGAUUGGAGCCCCAGCACCUGCGGCCUGUCCCUCCCCAGAUGGGAAGUCCUGCCGAGUGGGUGAUGACAGCGUCAUCUCUGCCAUUCCUCCCAUGUGGGACGCUGUGGGGGAGCUAGGGUCCCCUUGGGGCCAACCUUUCUGCUGAGACCUCACAGAGAGCUUGUCUGGCUAUCUUGCGGGUGAGAGCUUGAAAGUUGUUCAUUUGUUUGAGACACGGUCUUGCUAUGCAGUUCAGGCUGCCCUUGAACUCAUGAUGAUCCUCCUGCGUCAGCGUCCUGAGUGCUGGGAUCACAGGCGUGAGCCAGCACACCUGGCAGGACACUGAAAGUGACACUGCGUUUCAAUGAAGCGAGCACCUAUACAAAAGGUCUCUGAGCAUUCUGUGUGGCAGGUGAACCCAGUCUGCCAUCCCCACACCAGGGACCUGGACACUGCUGGCAACGCCGCCCACUCCCAGGGCCCAGGCAGCCUGGGGAAGGGGCGCUGAGCGGGCUGGUGCAUAGGCCGUGUGCCAGGCUGCGGCGUCCUUGCCCCUCCUGUCGCUGUCCCCCAGCUGUCUCUGACCCUUCUCCGUGACACCUGUGAGCCACAGCCCUGGCGCUCAUCGGCCUGCGUCUCAUUUCCUGGCCCCAUUCGCUAGCUCUGUGGCAGCCAUAGUUGGCUCGCUGGUUUUCCAGUUGGCUUCUCACCUGGAAAAUACAAAAUAGUCCGUCCUGCAGAUAAAAUCUCUCUGAAACAAAGAGCAAUAAGUACCUCUCGUUAAGUUUUACCUACUUGAAAAAUCGUGCCACGCCAAUGGAAUGAGACAAGGCCUCUGAGCCAGCAGCUGCCGUGGAAGGACACGGGCCUGCUGUGUGCCUGCGGUGUGCAGGUACAGCCACCCGCACUGGGGAGGCCUUGUCUCGCGUGACUUGGCCCAGUUUUCUUUUCCUUCCUCUCUGCUCCCCUGGAACUAAAGAAAAUGCAGGGAGGUGGUCAGGCCGGCGGGGUCCCUGUCCUCUAUUGCGAGUGUGGUUACUGCACUGCUGGUGGAGGUGAAGAGAGUGGGAAAGUGGUGGCUGCUCAAAGGGGCCUCUGCCCCUGGCCCCGCAAGCCUGGCUGUGUGGGCUUCCGGGUAUUCUGCAGGUCUCUGCCUCUGUGUGGAACAGGAAGCAGCCCAUUGUGACGUGCCCGGCCUCCACCUCACAAGUGGCUCGAAGCCUGUUUUGAUUUUCUAAAUGUGUGGGUCAGAAACGGAAAACAGAGAUUUUCCACCAUGAUUAACAAGUGAGGUAAUUUCCCACAAAGCUGCCUUUGAGCCUUUCCCUGUCCUGGGCAGGCAGACCAGGGGCCUGUACGUGGCCCAGCCUGCAUUUCGUCCCUUUGGCCUCAGCACAGCUCAGAUGCGGCCUGAGUCCCAGCAGUGGUCUGCAUGUUCCUAGGACAGCUGCAAACCUGUGGCCAGGCCUGGUCGUCCACUUAUGACUGUGCAGAUGCAAUAUUUUCUAUUAACUUUGUGUACUCCUUUUAUAGCACUGUCCUCAGCAAGCCGUUACAGAUGUUCGUGUAGAAAUGCUGAUGCUGGCUGGCGUUUCUUUUUUUUUUUUUUUUUUGGUACCGGGGAUUGAACUCGGGUCCUUGCGCUUGCACAGCAGGUGGCAAAACCACUGAGCUAAAUCCCCGGCCCCUGGGUGUCGUUUCUUACAUUGGGUUGAUUCCUCCUGCAUCCAUGUCGUUGUCUGGACCUUGUACACAGCUCACUUGAAAGACUCCCUGAGUUGGAGCAUCUGCUUCCUUAUCCCAGGCUUGGAGAUGAACAGACUUUGAAUUUCAGAAGACUUCCCGGGACUGGUAGUGUAGCACAGUGGUGGAGCACGUGCCUCGAAUCCCAACCCCAGGUUCCACCCCCAGUACUGAAAACAAAAACCUUCUACUACUGAACAGCAUAAAAAGCUUUUAAAAAACCUGAUAGUCAUAAUUUCCUGUGUAUCAGCAUUAAAAUCAUCUGCCUGCCUGGAACAUUGAGAAUUCUCUUGCACAAUCCAAAAUGUGUCUUUCAUUUGAGAAAGUAAACACAAUGAAUCAGAGACAACUUUUUUACAAAGCUAUACAAAGAAUGUCAACCAACUAGCACUCUGCUUUAUAGCAUAUCUUUAAGAUAUUUGCCACAAAAUUGGGGGCUUUACCUUCCUGCUUCUCUGAUGGGCACAUACAUGGGCCAGUGUGGAGAGCAGACACACAACACAGCUUUCUGCAUCUGUCCGAGUGACAUUCUUCUAAGGCCUGGAAGUAUUUGGACCGUUUCCCUGGGUGGGGAAAAAAAUUAACAAGGAUGUUACAGACAGAAAUCCUCUCUAUUUUGUCUUUGACCAACUUUUUUUUUUUUUGUACCAGGGAUCAAACUCAGGACCUUGGACUUUUGAGGCAGGCGGUGGCACCACUGAGCUAAAUCUCUGGCCCAAACCAACAUUCUGUUCGAGGCUUUGGUCUUACAAUACACGUGGCUUGGUAGGGGCCUCCUCAAUUUUUUUUCUUCUUCUUUUUUGUGGUGCUAGGGACCAAACCCAGUGCCUCAUACAUGCUAGGUAAGCACUCUACCACUGGCUACACUACCGGCACUUUUUUUUUUUUUUGUACCGGGGAUUGAACUCCGGACCUUGCGCUGGCGAGGCAGGCGCCGGAACCACUGAGCUAAAUCCCCAGCCUGGCACUUUUUUUCCUUCAGUACCAAGGAUUGAACCCAAGCUUAGCUCAUUCCCAGCAAGGGAUGGGUGCUUGCUAAAUUACCCAAGUGGGACUCAAACUUGCAAUCUUCCUGCUUCAGCCUCCCUCAGUGCUAUGAUUAUAAGGUUGUGCCACCACUCCUGGCUUGCUGGCAUAUUUUCUUACUUUAUAAAUACCAACGUACCAGCUCCCCUAAUGAAUUAGGCUGGAUCUCUCCUAGACAAGGAGCAAAGAGCAGAUGGCUGAGGUCCUGCUGACCAAGGGUUGGCUGUUCCCCUUGAAGCUCAGAGUGGGGAAACUAACUUUGCAGGCUCUGAAGUAUUUCAUCUGGGCUUUCUGGGCUGUGAUUCUGAAUUUGCUGUUGGACUCUUGCUCAGAUGUCCAAAUUCAGUUCGAAAGUAUUCCAACUAGCCAAGUCAUAUUUGUCCUUUUGUUUUUAGUUUUCAUUUUGGGGGGUUUUUUGUGUGUUUUUGUUUGGUACCGGGGAUCGAACUCUGGUCCUUGUACUUGUGCAGCAGGCGGCAAAACCACUGAGCUAAAUCCUCGGCCCUAGUUUUCAUCUUUUGAAAAAUGCAUUCCAUUCAUUUGCAAUUUCUGGGCUGUUUGCUGAUAGAUUUGUGAGUCUGCACCUGCCCAAGAUGUUUGUAGAUGCCACUUCUAGAGGGCUACAGACGUGGUUGCAUUCCUGCAUUGGGAAACUUGAAAGUCGUAUCGAUAAAUCUACAUCAGAGCCAAAUCAUAUUUGCUUUAUACCAAACCUGUGGAGAACUAAAAAUAUGUCACACAAAAUAUUUGUAGUGUUUUCUGUCACCUGUUUCAGUAUUGACAUAAGUAGAUUAAUGCUUCCUAAAAAAUGGUUCAUUAAAUAAUUUAGUGAGCUUCUGUUAUUUGUACUGUGGUAAUAAAUUUCUGCUGUCAUUAAUCCCA